GAUUAGUGAAACAUGAAACACAGAACAAAAAACUUAAAAAAGUGUAAACUUCUUAGAUUUAAUUAAAAAGCUACACGAAUGGUUUAUAAUAUUUUGUAGAUUCUGUGAAAUAAACCUUAAAGUUCGAUAGAAUAAGUGAAUAAUAGUAUUUAUUAGCAGUCUGAUUUGAUUUUCUUUGAUUAUAACAUAAUAUAAAAAUAAUACAAAAAUUUGAAAACACAAAGAACUAGGAUUACUGAAGAUUUCGAAUAAGAUAUAAUGCUUACAAGAAUAAAAGAUCUUAUUACUAUUCUUGGUUGUAAUAAAAUAUAUUCUAUAGAUUGCUUCAAAUGCGUGUCUUUAAAUGGACAAAAUCCCGAGUGUGACGAUCCUUUCCAUAACAAUUUUUCAUCAGCUAUCCUUGAAAGUCCAUGUAUGGGAGGUCGUAAAGGGCGGGAUGGACUAUUUCCAGCAACCAGUUGUAUCAAAAUUGCUGGAUAUUUUGACGAUAAUGGAGAGACUAUAACAGUUCGAGGUUGUGCAUUAGAUUCUGGAACAUUAACAACCGAUACAGAAAUUAUUAGAAUGAGUCACUGUGGAAAAUUUUAUUAUGAUGAAAGAUAUGUUCACGGAUGUUUGCAAUCAUGUGGUGAUGCAGAUGGCUGCAAUAGCGCGCGAUCUAUGAUAAAUAUUCAUUUUCUUUCAAAUAUUUUACCUAUUGUCGUAAUAUGUUUGGUUUUAUUAUUUGGAAGAUAACAUAAACAUGGAUAAACUUUGUAUGUUAAUAUAUAAUUAUAAUUUUUGGCAACAAAUUAACGCAUUAUCAGAGCCCAGUUUAAAUUUUCUUGUAAUGACUAACUUUGCAUUACAAAUUAACUAAAGCAUUCAUCAAAGCAAGCACGAAGAAAACAUGAAUUUAUUUACUUUUUAAAUUAAUCGUAAAAUAACAAAAUAUUGAAAAUUGCAUAAAAUUGUUAAUGGAUAAAUCCAUUGUAUUUGAAGUCAAUUCCAAUUGGCGCUUUUUAAAAAAUGAGAGAAAUUGAAUUGUGAGGAAAUUGUAAACCGUUAUGUGCUCCCAAAUUACAAAUGAUUCAAUUAUUCAAUUACUUAUUUCAGUUUAAAUUGCCUAUUAAGCCUAUCUAGUGAACGAAAUUUUAUGAGCAAUCGUACAGUAGAAAAACAGCAAACCAAGCAUUUUUUAAAGAAAAUACCACAAGAAAGUGCCUAGAAAGUAUAAAGGUGAAAAUUGUUGAAAUUUUCAAUUAACUAAAGAACCAAAAAGCUUAAAUACUUUGAAACGUACAAUUAUCUGAUGGUUUGAAAAUGAAGGUUUAUUACAGAAAAAUACAUCGGCCGAUAGAAACAUAAAAAACGUAAUAGUCAGAGGUCCUAAGUCUUAGGAUGAUAGAACGUGGGAUCUACUAAGUGGUCUCCAUUAUUCCAAAUGAACUUUAGAAAGCUCAAAAGCAGAGUGAGCUUUAAAAAAUUGCUUAACUACCUAGACAAUUUCUAAAUACCUAACUUUCAAAUUAUCUAUCCCUGGUACAAAAAUUCGAAUAACACUACCUAGCUAAAUGAUGCUGCACUGGUACAUUUUAAUGUUUUUUCAAAGAAUUACGUAAGCUUUUACUGUAUGAAAAAACAUACUAAUUUAAAUUUUAAGGAUAUCUAAGUAACUUUUCUUGUAAAUUCUCAUAUAUCUCAUUUCCAAUAUAUCUCUGCAUAUAUAUAUAUCUAAAUAUUUCAAUCCUAAGUUCAUACUUACUCAUGUAAUAUUUACUUAUUUUGUGCAAAAUUUAACAUCUAGAAAAUAUAAAAUUUAUUCGUGAAAACAUUCAUUGAAUGAUUAAUAUUUGUAUCAUAUCAAGUGAGAUAGCAAAUGGAAUUCUGUAGCUUUUUGCACAAAGAAAAAGGAUCUACAUAUAUAAAAAUAAAGUUUAAUCGAUAUACAUAGGAAG